AUGAACAGCAACGAAAACUCUGAUAGUGAACUUUUUGCAGAUUCUGAGAGCGAAGCAUCAACAACUUCAUCACCAUCUCUAGCAGAUACAUCACCAACUAGUCAUUCUUGUCAUUCACCAAAAGAUAUUCCUUAUACAUCUUCUUCCUCUACUAUUUCACGGGACUCGUCAAACAGCAACAGCAAUAAUAUGUCUUCGUUACAGAAUAGUCGAUACGGAAGUCGUCCGAAAGGAAGUAAUAUAGACCUUAAAGGGUUUCUUAAUCUUAAUAAAAAAGAAUAUUUUAAAUUGAGGAAAGUAGCUCAAGAUGCUAUGAAAUCACGCUUUGAUUUCGACAUGACAUUUAGUCAACAAGACUCUGAGAAGAAAAUGGCUGUAUUCGAAGCGAUUUAUUUGGAAUAUCCGCAUUAUAGGUCAUGUGUAAAUAAUUGGAUUGCUCGUGAAGUUUCAAGAAGUGUGUUUUUUGCGCAUCAACAAGUUAUACGAAAUAGGAAUAAGGCAUUUUCUCAGCUACUCUUGGGAGAUAAUGACACACGUGACAGCUAUUCGCUGGGCAAGAGGCCACAUCAAAUAUACACAGACACUUCGGACGAAGAUCCUACUAGCCAAUCUUCACAGAGUACACCUUAUAGAUCAAAGAAACAUAAAUCAAAAUCUACACAAUUCAAUGCUCAAGAACCGUCAACAACUUACCCAAAUCAUACAUCCACUUCAACGCUCAAUAAUAAUCAACAGAAUUUAUUAGAUCGUAUACCUGCACCCGGAACGAUCGUUGAAGGGGUUGAUCCUAACGGUGACGAAUAUUCUGAAUGCAUCAUGAGUCAAGAGAUCCGUGUAAUAACUCGUUCGAUAAUCUUGCGAAUGAACAAAAGAACGGGCGAACAACAGCAAUUCGAACGAGAGUCCGAGCAAAUAAUAACAAAGAAUUGA